UUUAAUGGCUUUGGAAUUUUUCUCUUCAUUAUUUAUCCUGGAGCAUUUGUUGAUCUGUUCACUGCCCAUUUACAACUUAUAUCACCAGUCCAGCAGCUGAGGAUAUUCUGUGCAGCAAUCUCCCACCUGCUUGCUACCCAGUACUGCUACGUGGGUCUCAGCCAUGGCCUCAGAGAAACUUAUCUGUCUCACCUCAGAAAACGCAGAAAUUCCCGAUGAUUUUGUGGAGCUUCAGCCACUCAAUGUAGAAACGGUUUCUGUGGAAACCAGUGCAAUUCAAACCAUCGAAUUGUACGAAGACGUAGAUGUCGAUUGGGCACAUGGUGGCCACUACCACUCUCCUCUUAUUGCUCUGCAGCCACUUGCGGGCAGUACCCUGAGUAAUGGGGACCAUGAUCAGGAAAUGGUCAUCGUGCAGACACGAGAGGAGGUGGUGGGAUACCAGGACUCAGACAACCUGCUAAUCAGUGCUGAAUUUGAAAGCCAGAUGGUUGUUCCGGUUACUGAUCAAGACGACUAUCUCCAGCCGACCACUGCCUCUUUGUCAGGCUUCUUGGAGGCAGAGCAUGGUCAAGAUGAGCUCAGCCCCUAUGAAGGGAAUCUCUGUAGUUUGGCGACCAUUAUCGAGGCCAGCGCAGAAGAAGGCAUGAACCCUGACAUGGGCGACAAACAGUGGGAGCAGAAGCCGAUAGAAAUCGAAGCUCUUGCAGGAGAAUUACCCUUUGCCAUGUGGGAGGCUACUGAACAAGAAGAUCCCAUGGCCGAAGGGCAGGCUGGCGACUCACCUCCUGAUUAUUCCGAAUACAUGACGGGAAAGAAAUUUCCUCCUGAAGGAAUACCUGGCAUUGACCUGUCUGAUCCCAAACAGCUGGCAGAAUUUACAAGCAUGAAACCGAAAAAACCCAAAGGAGACUUCCCAAGACCUAUUGCUUGCUCUCAUAAAGGCUGCGAGAAGAUGUUCAGGGAUAACGCCGCCAUGAAAAAGCAUUUGCACAUCCAUGGGCCUAAAGGGCACAUCUGUGCAGAAUGUGGCAAAGCCUUUGUUGAGAGUUCGAAGCUGAAACGUCAUCAGCUGGUUCACACUGGAGAGAAGCCCUACCAGUGUACCUUUGAAGGCUGUGGGAGACGCUUUUCCCUGGAUUUCAAUCUGCGCACUCAUGUCCGAAUUCAUACUGGAGACAAGCCCUUCGUGUGCCCAUUUGAUGCCUGCAACAAGAAGUUCGCUCAGUCGACCAACUUGAAAUCACAUAUUUUAACACAUGUUAAGAGCAAGAAUGACCAUUAAAAAAAGUGAGAAGAUCCUUCUGAAGCCUGGGAAGUAUUUUACACUAAUGUGCCUGGGAAUAAAUAUGCCUCUUGUUUGAAUAGUUCUAGAAAAGUUAGUGCAGAUGAAUUCUACAUAUCUGAGGUUUAUCUUUUGAUAGAGUAAAAGUUAAAAGUUUUAUGUUGGUAAGAUGCCCUAUUUUGUGCUGCAGUGGGGUUUUUGUGAAGUUUGGUUUCAACAAGAUAGACUAAUUCACUAACCUCACAUAGUUGCUGAGAUGCCAUGUGUUUUGUACUGAUAUUUUUUGAAGCUUGGUUUCAACAAGAGACUAAUUCACAAAGCUCAUAUUGUUACUAAAGAUGGCCUUUGUUAUUUUGCACCGGACUUUUUGAGAAGUUUGGUUUCAACAGGAGACUAAAUCAUGAAACUCAUAUUGCUAAAAUAUCCUAUCUUCUGCAGUGGUAUUUUCAUGAAUGUAGUUUGAACAAGAGACUGUUUCACAAACUAGAUAUGCUAAAAUGACCUGUUUUAUUCUCCAGUGGUAUUUUUAUGAAACUUGCUUUCAACAGGAGGCUAACUCAUAAACCACAUUGUUUCUAAAGAUGGCCUGUGUUAUUUUGCUCUGAAGUGUUUUGAGAAGCUCGAAUUCAGCAGGAGACUAAAUCACAAGCCUCUUUGUUGCUAAGAUGCUCUGUGUUUUCUGCCGGGUGAUUUUUUUUUGUGGUUUGGUUCAACAGGAGACUACAUCAUAAACCUCAUAUUGCUAAGGUAUAUGGCAUAAUUUUGUCCUUGCUCUCCUUGGGAUUUUAGCUCUUGUUCUCCUCCCGAUAAUCCUCUUGCCAUUUUACUAUACUGGAGUUGGGGUACUUAUCACUGAAGUC